AUGCAGAGUCGUUGCAUGGUACGCUACCGAUCGGCAGCCCCGAAGCCCAGCUAUCGCCAGGAGUGGGAAGGUUGCGGACAUAAGCCUUUUGGCGAGGUCUUAGCGCGCGGAUUAGUGCCGCGGGGUGUGCGAUGGCUUCUGAGGGUAAGGCGAUGCCGAAGCGCAGAAUUCCGUGUCGUGGAGAGUGCGUAG